GUUGACAUCCAGUCACACCAUGUCGGUGCGCGUACAUAGGCUGGUUCCCCGAUCUACUGUCGAACGAUGGGCUAGUACAUGGCCGUAACCGAAUCCAGAAAAACGUCCAGAACUUUUGCUUUUGUACAGAUUUCAGGGAGGGGAAAAAACUGAGACAUGGAGCGAGUUGUCAUCGUGACGGGUGCUAACAGUGGCAUUGGCCUGGCCCUGUGUGAAAGGCUCCUCACUGAGGACAGCCGGCUGCAUCUGUGUUUGGCGUGCAGAAACCUGCAGCGUGCCGAGGCUGCACGCUCUGCCCUCUUGACCUCUCAUGCCAACGCCCAUGUGGAUCUCCUGCACCUGGAUGUGGGCUCUGUUCAGUCAGUGCUGGCUGCUGCUGAGGAGAUCAAGACAAGGUACAGCAGAAUCGACUUUUUAUAUCUUAAUGCGGGGAUUAUGCCCAAUCCACAAGUGGAUAUAAAGGCUUUCUUCAAGGGCCUGUUCUCCAGGAACGUCAUCAACAUGUUUGCAACGGCUGAAGGUCUCCUGACUCAGCAGGACCGCAUCAAUUCAGACGGACUCCAGGAGGUGUUCGCCACCAACCUCUUCGGUCAUUUUGUGCUGAUCCGAGAGCUGGAGCCCCUGCUUUGCCAACCACAUCAGAAGUCACUGAUCGUGUGGACCUCUUCAAGUAACGCCCGCCGAUCUGCCUUCAGCCUGGAAGACAUCCAGCACAGCCACGGCUCUGAGCCGUACAGCUCCUCGAAGUACGCUGCGGACAUGCUCAGCGUGGCUCUCAACAAUCACAAAAACCAGCAGGGGCUUUUCUCCUCUGUGAUAUGUCCCGGACUGGUCAUGACCAAUUUAACAUAUGGAAUUCUCCCCUCCUUCUUCUGGACUCUAAUCAUGCCCAUCAUGUAUUUGAUAAGAGUCUUCACCAACACAUUCACACUCACACCCUAUAAUGGUUCAGAGUCUCUUCACUGGCUGUUUCGUCAAAAACCAGAGUCUCUGGACCCGAGGGUAAAAUAUCACAGCUUAACAUCAGGACUGGGAAACUGCUACACUGCUCCCAGAAAAAUGGAUAUUGAUGAUGACAUGUCUGAGAUAUUCUAUCGGAAACUUCUUGAGCUGGAGAAGAUGGCAAGGAAGAAAGUGACUGAGCAAAAGGCGGAUAAAGACGCUUGUGACCAGAUCCUCAAUGACGUAGAGUAAACAUUCUGUUUACCCAUUGAAAUAUAGUGGGGAAAAUUCUCACAAUUGGAAAUGUAAUUUGUGUAUUUCUACUUCACAUGUAACAUGUAUGAACAGAUAUUAAUACUAUUUGAUAAAUAAAGUGACCUGCACUGCAGA